ACUUUAAAUAAACAAUGUAAAUAAGGAAUUCUUAAUUUUCUAUCUGUGCUCUUUCUGAUUUUCCACUUUCCGGAACCGGUUUCGGAUUAUUACUUUUUAUUCACUUCCGCCCACACUCGACUUGUUCGCCAUUUGCAAGAUUACACUAUUUUGAGUAUCAAAUGAAAUCAGUAAGAAACACAUAUUAAUACACAAAAGCUGACACAAAGGUUAGAGAUUGAAUGACAUAAUAACACAACAUUUUUGUGUGUCUGGACCCAGAUGGUGAACAGAAAUGGUGAUACUGCUUAGUAAGAGAUCAAUAAGGAUAUCCUACUAAGACAUGGCUACUGAAGGAGAAGACAAUAUCAAUAUGGCUACUGGAGCAGAAGGCAGUAUAAACAUAAAAAUGAAUGGAGAGGAAUCCCCUGUAGACGUGGUGUCUCUUGUUGACCAGAGAGAGAUUUCCAAGGAGGACUGUCUCAAACUUGUUCAGUCUAUAUGUAAGAAGCUUGCUGUAGAAGGAGAUGAGAUGAUGUUUAUGACAGUUAACCUGACACAGAAGACAACAACAUGUGUAGGAUCUCAGCUUGGUGUCAACUUCCUAAACCACAAACCUCAUACAAGCAAGGGAGAUGACCCAAACAACCCAAACAUUUCACAGAUGUUUCAGCAAUUUCUUGAAGAUCAUUAUGAAAUUUCCAAUAUAUGUGAUGACAAACAAAUACCAUUCAGUCCAGCGAGCUCUGUGAUUAUGGAGUCCCCGUCAUACACACCCUUCUCUUCACCACGGCCUUAUAAAGCUGUCAAAAUACCCAGCAGUAAAUCAGGUAAACUUUUGACCCCUAAAAUUGAAGUGAUGGAAUCUGAUUUUGAUGGUAAUUCUACAGCUACAGACAGUCAGGAAGAUGAUAACCAGCUGAGUUUAGAAUCUUAUGUCAACUCUCUUCCAUUGACAGAACAAAGCUUUCUUAUAGGAUCUCCAAAGUCUCCUGCCAUACAACAAGUGAUCUCUAACCAAGGUGUAUUAGCACGCCUGCUAUCACCAAGUGGUCAAGGUCUUCCACCAUUCCAUAGAUUUCAAACACCAACCAUUCCAAAUUCUUCUGCAGUCCCAGUUUUUCAACCACCAGUUAUUCAGAACUCUGUCAACUUUACAGGAAUCAGGUCUCCAGCCAUACAGAAUGCAGCAGAGCUUCUGUCAACCAAUCAAAAUGAAUUUUCGUCUCCAACUUCAAUGAAUAUAAGAUCAGUAUUAGCACGAUUGUUAACACCUUCCAGACCUCCAAUGAAUGCGACGCCACAAAUUUCAACAUCAGUUCCAGCUUUUCCAACACCAACCAGUUUUCAAUCAGUUAGACCACAAACAACUCAAAACCAGUCUAGUAUAGCUCCAACUCCCAUUAGCCUUCAUCCAAUCCAGCUACAACAAGUUGUAAACCAGUCAGAACCAGCCAAUUCUUUUACACCUCUUCAACCUCCAUCUGAAUCAAGGAGUGAGAAACUGUCUUCUGGUGUUAAGAGAGGACGAGGUCGUCCUAAAGGCAGUUUUAAGAGAGCUGAGGUGCCAAUGGAGAGUGAAACAGAUGAAACUGAAAAUGAGGCUGAAAAGAUUGAUAAAAAGUCUGAUAAAACUGUGACAUUGCGUAGUGGUCGAAGGGUCAGAGUUCCUUCAUGGAGAAAAGAAAUAUUGGAAGAAUCAUUGAAAAAUAACAGAAAGAAAAUGGAAGAAAUGACAGAUAUUCAGAUUAAGCAGGAACGUAUAUCUCCAACUUUUCCAGAAACCCCCGAGGAUGACCAGGAUGAGGAUGUCCGUGUAGAGUUUGAUUUUGACAUUCUGGCCGAACUAAAGAAAGAAUCUGAUCUGGAGCCUGAUCAGAGUGAUGACUCGAGUUGGUGUGGAACAGUUCACUUAACCUCCGGUGAUGAUUCAACUCCAAGUAGAGUUCCCUUUAAGUUUACAUUCCCAGGUGAAAAGAAACAGAAAUUGGAGGAGAAAGAAAACAAUGUUAAAGUUGUUCAGAAUGAAGAGGAAAAGGUUAGCUAUGACAACACAUUAAGUUCCUUGGGACUUGCACGUAAACGAGCCAGAACCAUUAACAGGUGUCCAGAUUUUACAGGGAAAGGACACAUAUGGAGAUGUGAAGAUGGGAGGUUUAAUUACUACCAAAUGUAUACAGCACAAAAUAUAUCAUGGGGUCGCCAGUUCACCUGUAAAAUCUGUAAACGUGUCAUGCAGGGAAAUGAGAGCUUAAAAACUCAUUGUUUUACACAUGAAGCGUUUAAUAAAUUGCACCCUGUUUGCCAGGCCUGUGACAGAAUAUUUGAUAAUCAUCAAGCAUUAGAAGACCACAUUGGGGAGCAUGAGAAGCUUUACUCCUGUCAUACAUGUCAGGUCAAAUUCGUAUCUAAACUGGCACUCAUCCAACAUUUGAACUGGGUUCACAAGGAGAUGUAUAGCUGCCCUCGGUGUGAUAAAACUUUUACUUCAUCAAAAGAUCUAAGUAACCAUUUAGAAGAAUGUUUUGAUGAGAAAGCCCUCGUAACUCGAGGAGGAAUGAAGCAUUUGACGGAGGACUGGAUCGGUAUAAAGGAGGACGGAAAGGUAACAUUCAAAUGUCGCUCAUGUAAACAUGUCUUUGAGACUGUGGAGGAAUACAAUAAACACAUGCUGCAGCACAAAUCUAAGUUUGUUCAGAAACUAAAUGAAAAGCUAGAAAAAAGUAUGUCAACAGAUAAAACAUCAAAGAAGGUCAGUGAUGACAAAUCAACAACGUGUGAAAUGUGUAAUAAAAUCUUUGAAACUCCCAUUCAUUUGGCAAAACAUAGGGAAAAUAAACACAAGAAAGACCCAGAUGAUGAGGAAGAUACUGAAGAGGAUGUGCCAGAUGACGCCUAUAAAUGUUCGUCAUGUAAUAUACAUUUCAACUCAGCAAUUGCCUUUUCUAAUCACUGUACCAAAUAUCACCCUGAUAAUCCAAUGAUUUCAUUGAUAGACGACACAGAUUUUCCUUGCCAUUUAUGUUCAAAGAGGAUGCGUUCAAAGGAAGGCUAUGAUACUCAUAUCAAGAUGCAUGAUAACAUGAUGAAGAAACAAUGCAAAAUGUGUGGAACUUUCUUGCAUCAGGAAGCUAGCAUUGAUUUACACUGCUGCAUUAAAGAAGGUUCUGAAUUUACAUGUGAUAAAUGCUCUCUUAGUUUCUAUGAUCACGGCUUCCUUGCUGGACAUCAGCAUCAUGUACAUGGUAAACCAAUGGAAGAUAUCAAGGUCAAGGACAAUGUUAAAGGCCAGCCCAUCUGUCAUAUUUGUGGCAAGGUUUUCAAGAAAGUUUCUGAUUUGGAAGGACAUAGGUCUAUACAUACAGGAGAAUUGCCAUUUGUUUGCCAUUUGUGUCACAAGAGUUUCCGUCUGCGCUCAACCCUAAAAACUCAUUUGAUGACUCACAGGGACUUCCAUGAGUUUAUGUGUGAAGUCUGUGGGAGAACUUUUAAACUCAUCGAAAGCUUAAGACUCCAUCGACGUCUUCACAAUAAAACUUGCUACUUCAAAUGUAAACAUUGUCCACGAGAGUUUCGAGCUUAUGAUGGACUAAAGUACCACAUGCUACAAUGUCACAAAGAUGAGGUGAAAGGGAAAAAAUUGAAAAUUUACAAAUGUGAACAUUGCAAUAAAGAUAUGGCCACUCAUCAACAAUACGUCAGACAUGUAAGCAUCCAUACCAAUGAGAAACCAUUACAAUGUGAUCAAUGUGGUACUCGGUGGGCCACCAUCUCACAACUUAAUGCACAUAAGAAAAAACACAACUCAGAAAAUUUGAAGUUUGCCUGUGAUGUAUGUAACAUUAAAUUCCCAAUUCUUUCCAAACUUAAGCGCCAUGUGAAAACGGCCAAACACAUUGAUAAUUGUAGAAUAAAAACUUUACCAAUAGAUACUGUCCAUCUAGAAGAGGAAGACAGGGCUGAUCCGCCGCAUAAUAAUAGUCGUAUUAUCGCUGAUGUUACGGACAUAGAAGAGAAAGUAGAAAUUAUGUUUUAUGAAAUAAAUUUACCUGAAGAUGAGAACUCUCUUGGUGAUGAGACUUCAAUGAUUUACGACAUAUCUGUUGUUCCCGAGAACCAGAACGGUGGACUGUUUCAAGCCUCAACUCCUAAUGUUGUUGGAACAGACAAGCAGGUGGCUGCUACUUCGUCUGUUGUAGAGAUGUCAAAUAAUAGCUCACAGUUACAGCAAACUGCAAUUAAUGCUAUUACAGGUAGUAAUUCUGAACUUCAAGACGCCAUUGGAACAAUAACUGGAAACGCAAAUUCUGAAAAUGUGCAAAUACAGCAGGCUGUUGUCACUGCUAUGAUACAAGCCAUAAAUACCAAGACUACAAGUGAGAUACACAAGUCUGUAGAUGGUAAUGUUAAUUCCAAUAGUGUUUUAGAGGUGUCCCUUGCUGCUGGAGCGUCUGCUGAUACUCAGGUUAUAGAUCAGGUGAAUAAAAUUGGAGCUGUAGCAGAAAAGUUAAAUGCAGAAGUGGAUGAAAUUUCAGCAGUGACAAAUUCUGAUAAAUUUGAUACAAAUCUACAAUUAACCGAGAGUUACGACACAACUUCCGACACUGAAAACACAGACCUUAUAAGUACAGAAGGGUCAGCUACAGAAAUUGAUUCAUGAUGCUAAGAUGAGUAAUUGUUUAUGAUUUCUUUUUCUUUCUUUAUAUUGAAUUUGUUGAAGCUUGUAACACACAAUACUCUUUUUAUUAAAAUUUUUGGAAAAAUAUGAAUUUAUAAAUCUGUGUUGAUUUUUUGGGUGACAUUUUUCAUAUUAUAUACCCCAUUUCUCUGUAAUUCAUAUCUAGAAUACAAAACUAUUAUAGGGGAAAUUUAUUUACUCAUUGAAAUAAAAAAAAAUAUUUAUAGUUAAGCUUCAUGAAAUAUUUGGUUUGUAAUGUUCUCUAUACAUUUUCAUUUUCUGGGCUACACUAAUGCUGCAUGGUAUUACAUUAAGGGAUAAAAAGUCUGAAACUUAAUAUAAGGGAUGCAUUGAAUUAUGUGCAAAGAAGGCCAUCACAGUCCUUGUGUAUCAGGUAUCAAUUAACAAAAAAGAAAAAGAGAUAAAUCAGGUAAGAAUUGUUGGAUUUAUUCUUAGGCCACAUAUUUUAAUUUAUGUGGCCUAAGAAUAAAUCCAACAAAUUUUAGUUAUGAUUUUAACAGUGGGCUAUGUCUGCACGAUAUAAAACUAGCUUAAUUUUACAACUUUUCUGUGAAAAUUUUCAAGGCAAUUAGCCUCCUUUUUUGUAACAAUUUAACACUUCACAUUCUUCCUCCCAAAGACCCACUUAUUGUAAUUGUCAAUAUGUUCUAAAUUUGCCACAAUAAAUUAAGCAAACGGUAAUCACAAUCUUUUUUUAUAACAUUUACAUUUUAUGUGAUACAUUUUACUUUUGUAAUAAUAUUCAAAUUAAGAAAAAGUUAUUUGUAUGUUUUAUUUUAUUGAAUGAUAUAAUUAAUACAUUU